CAAAUUUUUAUCAAAUGUAUUCUCGAUACAUGCAUAAAAUGCGUAGACUAUUGAUGAGUUGGUCGUUAUGCCGUUGAAUGGCGUCACUGUUCAAGAUCAAUGUCAUUCAACAGUGGAUACUUUUUUAUAAUCCCCUUACUAUGGUUUCUGAGCGUGUGUUCAAGCAAUCAUGUAGAAACAGAAAGCAGUAUGGAGAAAUCGCUUAUUCGUAUGAUUUUACAACGUUAUAAACAAAAUGGUGUUGUUGGCCGACCAGUCAAUGAUAGUCGAGUGAAAAUUGUUGUUCAGUAUGGUCUUCAGUUGAUCCAACUGCUUGGGCUUGACGAGAACAAACAAGUUUUAAGAACAAACUGUUGGACUAUGUAUAGAUGGAGCGAUUCCCUGUUGAAAUGGAAUGCAAGUCAAUUUGGUGGUAUUUCAGAACUGAGGAUAUUCCCUCAUCAGAUAUGGACGCCUGAUAUCAAACUCUAUAAUUUUGCCGAUGAACGUUUGCAAGAAUUUCGAGAUGGGCGUCUAGUAGUAGACAGCAGCGGUAAUAUACUAUGGAUUCAACAAGCAUUAUUUAGGAGUACGUGUCAAGUUGAAAUUACUUAUUUCCCGUUUGACAGUCAGGUGUGUAUGCUUGAAUUUGGUUCAAUGGCAUAUGACAAAACCCAGUUAGAUCUAGAAUGGUGGAUACCGGAUGGGAGUGAUACACCUAUGCCCUACGUGGACUUCUCAGACUAUGUGCCCGCAAAUGAAUGGUUCACAGAUGGAGAAGCAGAACGGCAUAUAAGACAUGAAGAUCGGGUACAUCAAUUACGUUCAGUGAAAAGAUAUCGAGUUAGAAAACACUUGUUUGGAUCAACAAAACAUGAUAGAUACUAUCCUGUCCUACGUUAUUUAAUACGUAUCUAUCGAAAUCCAAGUUUUCAUCUGUUCAUCCUAAUUGUUCCAUGUUUAUUGUUAUCAUUGUUGAGCUUAGUUGUAUUCUGGUUACCACCAGAUUCAUCGGCUAAAAUGAUGCUUGCGAUAAAUAUCUUUGUGGCAUUUUUCGUUCUACUCUUACUGCUAGCAAAGUCAAUGCCCAGUGCGAUUAAAAAUUUUCCAAUAAUAGGUAUUUUCUUUUGCUUGAAUAUGGUUAUGGUAACUUUGUCCAUAUUUAUGACUACAUGGGUAGUAAAUUUAUUCUACAAGGGAAAUGAAGGCCGACCAGUACCAUUGUGGAUUCGUCGAUUUGUCAUUGAUGGAUUGGGUCGGUUACUUGGUAUUCGGCAAAUAAUCCCCCUAAUUGAUAAAACACAAGAUUGUUUCUACAAAUUCCUUCUUGUUCAGUUUCAAUGGAUAAGACUGGAAAAAGUUAUCAAAGUACGGAGAUCAAUUGUGCUAGCCAUGACAAAAUGAAUCCAAAUCUCUCUCAUUACAAUAACUUCACUAUAAAGCAUAAUUAUGAAAGUAACAGUCUCAGCGAUACCCAGUCAGAUGCACAUCUUUUAUCAAAUGAAAGGUUAACUUUGAAACUGCCAAUAGAAAUUAAUUACAGUGAAUUAGCAGAAACUUCAAACGAUAUCAAACAGUCCUUAGAGCAGAUGAAUAUCAAACAAAUGAAAGUUUCACAUAAAAACUCUCUGGGUGCUGAGUGGCGUAUACUAGCCUUGAUUAUUGAUCGACUUUUUUUCAUUAUUUAUUUAUUUACUUUGAUUACUAUGGUUGCUCUUGUUAUACUGAAAACAGAUCUACCCGAUACCACUUUGCAACUAAUCAAUAGAAAUGUUGUCAGUCAGUAGAAGUGAUUAUUUGUUGCCCACCGGGUUUUGUUUUUUUAAGUGCUUCUUUGAAUCCAUUAAUGUAUCCAUUUGUCUAAUUGUUCCUUUAUUUAAAAAAAAAUGAAUUUCGGACAUUUAGUCGCGAGUCUACUGUUUUUUCUCAAUUAUUAUUAUUACUAUUAUAACUAAUUAGAAGUGCAUUUAGACCUAGACAAAUAACUUUCGGAAUUCUAUUGUUUAUAAAGUUUAAAAUGUUAACUGUUUACUGAAUAAAUUUUGCAAAGCAAUCACCUUUUUAACGUUUGCAUUUCUGUAAGUGUACAGAAUUGCGGACAUUAGAAACCAUUGUUGAAUUUACAAGGAUUCCAGUCUUUAAUUUCUUUAAUUAAUAUUAUCAUCCCUUUGAUUUGUUUGUGCUUACUGUAACUUCAAUUUUGAAGUCAUUUCCAGUGACUUCUUACAAAGGGCUCAGUUAGAAUGUUGUUUGUAGGCAUUUUUUAAAAUUUAUCACUGCCUCAUCAGAUAGCUCACAAGACAAGAUGAGGAGUUGACACCAGAGUUGAUUUUUUUCUCCUUUAUAAUACAGUACAGUUUAAAUCAUCCUCAGUACCAUACUUUAGUCAAAUGUGUGUAUUCUUGUGGAUUUAUGAAAAGUAUGAUGAUGUUUGAAUCAAUGUGAAAACAUUUUAAUAUGUGAACUGAAGCUUGAAACUGUAAUAUAAGUGCCACACUGUCGCAGCUGUGUAUAAUAUAUUGACUCUCUUAUCAGUUAUAAUAAUUAUGUGACGAAAUUCUUCGUGAAGUUACCUAAGUUCACUGUGAUCACUGUUAAUAAUUGACAAUAACAUUUUAAAAUUAUGUACAGUCCUUACGUAUUUAUCAAUAAUUUAUCAAUUGUGUCGUUUUCAACCUACCACUCAUUUCUUCUGGAAGACACCACUAAAAAUAUACGGUUCUUUUUGUUCUGGUAUAUUCAAUAAAAAAGUCAUAAAAAG